AUGGUAUUUAUUCGUUCCCUUUCUCGUCAAUUGCGACGCCCUGCCUCUCAAGUGCUCUCCGGCAGCGCCUUUGCGCGCAAACCUGUGUUGGGCGCUUUCUCCCAAGCCCGUACGCUAACCGCGACCGCCAACAAUCAGGGCAAAGUUCUUAUGGUCUUGUACGAUGGUGGUGAGCAUGCUGCCCAGCAGCCCCGCAUGCUCGGUGCUACCGAGAACGAGCUCGGCAUUCGCAAGUGGCUCGAGGACAAUGGCCACACCCUGGUCACCACCUCUGACAAGGAAGGGGAGAACUCUACCUUUGACAAGGAGCUUGUGGACGCUGAAGUCAUCAUCACUACUCCCUUCCACCCCGGUUACCUCACCGCUGAGCGCUUGGCCAAGGCCAAGAAGCUGAAGCUCGCCGUCACUGCCGGUAUUGGCUCUGAUCACGUCGACCUGAAUGCCGCCAACCAGACCAACGGUGGUAUCACCGUUGCCGAAGUGACUGGCUCCAACGUUGUCUCCGUUGCCGAGCACGUGGUCAUGACCAUCCUCCUGCUGGUCCGCAACUUCGUCCCCGCUCACGACCAGGUCCGUAACGGUGACUGGAACGUCGCCGCUGUCGCCAAGAAUGAGUUCGAUCUCGAGGGCAAGGUUGUCGGUACCGUUGCCGUCGGCCGCAUUGGCGAGCGGGUGCUGCGCCGUCUGAAGCCCUUCGACUGCAAGGAGCUCCUCUACUACGACUACCAGCCUCUGUCCCCCGAGGUCGAGAAGGAGAUUGGCUGCCGUCGUGUCGACAACCUCGAGGACAUGCUCGCCCAGUGCGACGUCGUCACCAUCAACUGCCCCUUGCACGAGAAGACCCGCGGUCUCUUCAACAAGGACCUCAUUUCCAAGAUGAAGCCCGGCUCAUGGCUCGUCAACACCGCCCGUGGUGCCAUCGUCGUCAAGGAGGAUGUUGCCGAGGCUCUCAAGUCUGGCCACCUCCGCGGAUACGGUGGUGAUGUUUGGUUCCCCCAGCCCGCUCCCAAGGAUCACCCUCUCCGUACCGCCGAGCAUCCCUGGGGCGGUGGUAACGCCAUGGUCCCCCACAUGUCGGGUACCUCCAUCGACGCUCAGAUCCGUUACGCCGAAGGUACCAAGCAGAUUCUGGACUCUUACUUCUCCGGACGUGAGGACUACCGCCCUCAGGACUUGAUUGUUCACAAGGGUGAGUAUGCCACCAAGGCUUAUGGCCAGCGCAAGUAA